CCAAUUUCUUUUGAAUGUUUUUGUAUUGACUGAUUCCCCCCAUUUCGUCACUCGAUCUUCUGUGGUAUGAAGCAUUCAAAGGUGCGUGGUGCUUAUUGUCUAGGGAUUUUUCAGAAUGGGAAGGAUGCAACUACUCUUCUUGGAGGGAUUAUUGUCCGCAACACACUUGUCACUUAUGAUCGUGAGCAUGAAACGAUCGGUUUCUGGAAAACCAACUGUUCCGAAUUAUGGGGCAGACUUAAUUCAUCUCCUCCACCUCCAGCAUUGCCCUCUGGCUUGGAUAACACAAACUCCACAGGAAGUAUGGCCCCUACACUGGUUCCUAGUGGAUCUCCUGGGUAUAAUGCACCUGGGGAAAUUAAAGUUGGAUUCAUCACAUUUUAUAUGUCAUUGAGUGUGAAUUACUCGGACUUGAAGCCUCGCAUUACAGAGCUUACCCAUCUCAUUGCCCAAGAGUUGGACGUUAACAUCUCACAGGUUCACUUAAUGAACUUCUCAACGAAAGGAAAUGAUUCCCUUGUUAAAUGGGCUAUCUUUCCAGCAGGAUCUGCAAAUUAUAUGUCAAAUGCUGCUGCAACGGAAAUAAUACAUCGGUUGGCUGAAACUCGUGAUCGUCUUCCUGAUACAUUUGGGAGUUACAGAAUAUUUGAAUGGGGCAUUGAACACCUGCCAAAAAGGACUGGAUGGCAGCAAAGUUACCUGAUCGUUGUCAUAGUAUUUUCAGUUGUGUUGAUACUUGGAUUAUCAGCUUUCUUAGGAUUGUUGAUAUGGAGGCGGAGGCAAGAAUCGCCUCUUCCAUAUGAACGUGUUGAGACCGUCGUGCGCGAACAAGAACUCCAACCACUAACGUGAAACAAGUCAUGCUAUCCUGAAUGAUACAUGUCUGAAACGUAUGCGGAGAACAUUUUUGAAGCGGAAGCACUGAUAUAUUUAGCUUACUUUCAGGUUGACACAACUUUUUUCAAAGUAAAAGGAAUUAUAGCCAGUAACAGAUAUGUCAGUAUCAAAUCAACAUUACUCUGGAGAGAAGAGUACGAAAGGUCUGCUCCCGAUUUUCUGUAAUGUUACAUUCAUAUGUGAAUAUUGUAAAAUAUCUUGUAAUGAAUAGGUUACUGAUCCUGAUUCUCUCUCUCUCUCUCUCCUGUGUGGUGGUAGGGGGGGGGGGGGGGGGGGGGUGCUGAGGAGGUGGAGGUUUUGCCUGGUUUGGAAGGUUUGUUUUGCACUUUUAUGAAGCUGAGAGUUAGAUCCACUUAGUUCGAGUACCAUGCGAGUAUAAGACCAGUUAAUGGACAAUCUCUGUUCUUCACUUCCAUGUUAUUUAACUCGGGGAUACAACAAAACUUACACUUGUAUGGAAUUAGGGCACUGCUGUCAGCUAAAUUUAUUAUCUGAUUCUGUCGCUAUUCAUCUGGAUUAAAA